UCGCUAUUAUGCCUGACAUGGACUGCACGGACUCCUUCUCCUCCAGGAAGAUCCUGAAACCUGUGGUGGAAAAGCAGAGGCGAGAUCGGAUAAACCGUUGCCUGGAAGAAAUGAGGAUCUUGUUGAUGAAACUCACUGGGAAUCAGAAACUACGGAAUCCGAAAAUGGAAAAAGCAGAAAUCCUGGAAUUAGCCGUGCUUUACAUUGGGAAUGUGACACGUGUGAAAACGCACGAUCCUCAUCGAUGGGUAUCACCGGCAGAGAAGUUCUAUCUCACUGGCUUCAGGGACUGCAUGGACCGCACAGAGGACUUCAUCAAUGAUAUCAGCCCAGAAGCCAGGAACCGCUUCUUAGAUGGACUCCAAAACCACCUUCAGCACAGGCUGCGCUUUCCAAAUCAACUCAAUCUGUCAACUGUUGGACAAUCGGACGAAGACUUGGCUUCCAAAGCGAGCCAUCACCCUUCGGCCAUGGACUUCCCUAACUCUGGUGAUGAAAUGAGUCCUUGUUCGGCUUCUGACCUCAGUAGUUCUGAGGCUGGGAACUCUCCUCGCUGGCUUUCCAGUCCACAAUACCCAACAGAGUGCCACGUGCAGCAGGACCACCCCCGAACAUCGGUUUGGAGGCCAUGGCCAUGAACAUGACUUUUUU